UAGGCCUACAAUUCCCAUAUUGGAACCGUAGCAUCUUUUCCUUGCCUUCUCGGGGACAAUAGCGUCCGCAGUUGCCGCCAUCUUUUCCUUUUCUUCUCGGGGAUAAUACGAGGUUGUUGUUGUUCUUGUUGCAGACGGUCACUCUUCGUUGGGUCGCAUAACCCUAAAAUUUCUGAUUCAGAUAGAAGAAAAAUCCAAGCUUUUGGAUUUCAGGGGCAUUUUGUUAAUUCUCAAGCUAUGGCUGCAAAGAUUCUGGCGAACUUGAUUGUUAUGGGUGGAGGAAUCUUGGCAAGAGGAGUUGUUCUAGCAUAUCGUCAAGCGCUUUCUAAUGCCUCAAAAAAUGGUGUUGCACAAGAAACGAUACAAAAUACUAUUCGCAGAGCUGGCAAAGUGAUGACAGAGCAAGAGGCUCGGCAGGUUCUUGGUGUUACUGAGGAAACUCCCUGGAAGGAGAUUGCGAGGAAAUAUGACACUUUGUUUGAGAAAAAUGCAAAGAAUGGUAGUUUUUACCUCCAGUCCAAAGUUCAUCGAGCCAAGCAAUGUCUAGAGUCUAUCCAUUAAAGCAAGAGUCAGGGUACUGCUAGUUGAGAACUUAGUUUUUUGCUUCAUUUUAUAACCCUUGUGUUGUCAUUUUGGCCACCAAGUUGUAUACCAUUUGUGCUUAUCGAAAGUUUAUGAAACUAAAAUUUCUGUUACUAAAAAAAAAGUGUAAAUGAUUAGUUGGGGAUUGACUGCUAAUAAUGAAGGCUAUUUAUAGAACGAGUAAAUACCUUUUUUAGUCCCUAACAAAAAACACGGUCCCCACU